AAAUAAAAAAAGACUUGAAAGUUUCCUCACAAACCUAUAAAUACCAAAUCCAAUCCCAAGGGAAUUCCCCCUGAGAAUUGAGACUCAAUCAUUUCAUCAUCCGCAAUCACAAAAUGGAACAGAUGUUUGACAAAUUUUUUGACUCCAUCGCUAACCUUUUCGGCGGCGGAGAUUCGAUCCCCUGGUGCGACCGCGACGUCAUCCACGGGUGCGAGAAAGAAGUUGCGGAGGCCAACAAGGGUGACUCAGAUGAGCAGAAGAGCGAAAGCAUAAUGAGGUUAUCAUGGGCACUUGUCCACUCAAAGCAACCAGAAGAUGUGCAGCGUGGAAUUGCCAUGCUUGAAGCUUCAUUGGCCAACACUAGCUCCCCUUUGCAUCAGAGAGAGAAGCUUUACCUUCUGGCUGUUGGAUACUACAGAACUGCUGAAUAUUCAAAUAGUCGGCAUCUUGUGGAGCAAUGCUUAGAGAUUGCUCCUGAUUGGAGACAGGCUCUGACCCUUAAGAAGACUGUUGAGGAUCAAAUUGCUAAAGAUGGCUUAAUUGGAAUAGGCAUUACUGCUAGUGCUGUUGGGCUUAUAGCAGCUGGGAUUGUUGCAGCGCUGGUUCGCAGGUGAUGAGCACAAGCCAACAAUGUUCAUAAUGACUGGCUAUUACUUACAAAUUUCAAUUUUCCCCUGAAAAGAGAAGGUUCCGAAUAAUCAGACUGAGAAUAGCUCAAAACAAAUUCUGCACUUUGACUACUUUUUUUUCUGAAAAAAAAAA